GUCAGAACUCCGCAGCCAGUAGGUUUGUUGUAGCACCCAAAAAGGCCACGCGCUGGCACCCUGACGAUGGCUCGAGGGAGAGGUUCGACAGCCCCUGAAGCUGAACCAGCAUCAUCGUCGGGUGCGAGGCGUGGUGUGAAGAGGGACCGCGAGCCAGAACGCAAUGUCGCGCAGAUGGGGCGACGUGGAAUGGAACGAGAGAUCUUCAAAUUGCAGCAGGAUCACAAUUUCCUCUCUAUUCCGAAGGUAGCCUUUGGUCGCUUGGUCAAGGAAAUCCAGUCAAGUUUCGCGCCGGAGCAACUGCGCUUCAGCUCGGAAGCUCUUGAACUUCUCCAAAUGGCCACGGAGGAGUACUUGAUGUACCUAUUUGCAGAUGGCUAUUUGGCCACUGCGCAUCGGCGGCGAGUGACGCUCAGCUCAGAGGAUGUUCGCCUGGUACGGCGCCUGCGCCAGCCGCAUUGUUGGGGAGAGACACGAUGAGCGCUGUCAUACCACAAGUGAACCUGGCUUGAAAGCGGGCUUGAUGUCGAACGCAUCCUGCUCGCGAAAUGCAACUUUUCUAUAUACAUAUACUUUUAUGUCUUCGUAGCGAUUAAUCACUUGAAUGCAAGUGCCGCAUGCGCAUGUCAUGGCCCGAGUAAAGCAUUGCG